CUGUUGUUUCAUUCUAACGAGGUUGCACGCCUAUUGCCCUUUUUAACUCCUCCAGCUCUAUCUUUCUCUCUGCGUCUUUUUCACUGAUCACAAAUUCUCAAACCCCUCGCGAUAAAACCACCCAGAAGGGCCUCUCUUUUCAAACCCAAAACAACAAAGUUGGUAACUUUGGUGUUCCAAAGUCCAAGCUCUCGCUUUCGCUCUCAGCCUGAACCCAAAAAAAAAACCAUCCAUACUGCAAAACACAAACCUCAUAUUAUCUAUGGUGGUGGCAUAGAGAAUGUCAACAACAACAGCAACAAGAAGAGCAAAAUGGCAAUACCCACCACCGCCGCCGACCCCAAGAAUCCUCCACUUGCCACGCCGGCCUCGGCGGAGACCCACCAAGACCGUGGCUUCGAAACCUGCCUCUGCCGAGGCCCGGCGUGACCGCCAAGGCAAGCUGGAGGCUCUUUUUGAUCAAGAGCGUGCGUUUUCAAGAACUGGGGUUCCAAUAGUGGUGUUGGACUAUGAUGGUGGGGAAUGUGAGAGGAGGAGAGUGAGAGUUGAGGAGAGUGGUAGUGAGAGUGGUGGUGGUGUGGUGGAGGAGAAGUGGAGGUUCCAGGCGGAGAUGUUGAGGGCUGAGUGUAAUUUGCUGAGGAUGGAGAGGGAGAUUGCGGUCAAGAAGUUGGGGAGGAGCCGGGUGAAGAUGGAGAGGACUCUGAGAUCCGCUAUUCAGACUUUGGUUUCUGGAAGAAAGAAGAUUUGUGAAGGAAAGAAUGCGAGCGUGAUAUUGGAGGAAGAGAUCCAAGAUUUGGUAGAAAAACUAGAGAAGUUGCAAAGGAGCUCAGGAGUAAAGGGUCUCGAAGCUAAGAACUACAGUAAUUUUGAUAAACAAACGUCUCUUCUUCAGAGACGGUUAGAGAAGUUUGGAGCACCAUCGGAUGAGAUAUGCGUGGAGGAGAUCUCAUCCGUUAAGGAGAUACGGGAGAUGGCGGAAGCAAGCUUGUCAAUCAAAACAGGUUGUAGAAUCAAGGAGAGCUUUGUUUCAAGUGGCAAAUGCAAUAAUUUGCAGGUGGAGAUUCUAAGAAGGAAGAUGGAGGGGUUGUCAAAGGGGAUUUUGUUAGACAGAAUGGAAGAGGAGUAUAGAUCAAUGCUUUCUACAUCAAACAGUUCUGUUGCCAGUUCUGCCUCCUCUUCCAAGCGAAGCGAAUUUCCUAACUCAUCUUCUUCCUCAAUAAGACAACCUGAUCAGGAAACAAUGUCCCGUGACGAUAACCUGUGCUCAGGACGUUGCAAGGCUGUAGUGCGAAGAAUUGUAGAGCAAGUUCGAAUUGAGACAGAGCAAUGGUCACAGAUGCAGGAGAUGCUAGGGCAAGUGAGGAAGGAGAUGGAAGAAUUGCAGGCUUCUCGAGACUUUUGGGAAGAUCGAGCCCUCAAUUCUGAUUAUCAAAUCCAGUCCCUACGCACUGAUGUGCAAGAAUGGAGACAGAAGGCUCUUUCUUCUGAAAGCAAAGCUAAUGAGCUACAAGGGGAAAUGUCUGUGCUCCGCGGGGAGCUUGAAUGCAUGAAGAAGGAACAAAACUCAGUAAUUAUGAGGGCUCCAGGAAUCACCCAUGAUGCACAAAACGAGAUGGAGAAAAGAGUACUGGUUUGUCGCUUGAAGGAGAAUCAUUGUACUAGAGAUAAUGUCAGUAAGGAGGUCUUAAGUGAUAGAAGAAGAAAAGCACAUACAUCCACAUCCACUGCUCCAAAACGAUCACCUUUCCGAGAUAUUGGCAACUCAUCAUUGUUGAUGAGGCAAAAUAGCAAAGCUAUUUUCCCUUUGCAUUGCCCCCUCCCUUCCAACGCGGCGGAGACCUAUUCGAGAGAGUGAGUCUCAGUAACUGUGAUUCUGCUAGGGGCAAUUCUUGUUGUCUAGCUAACUAUAUCAAAUGUAGCACUUCAUAAUGAAAUAGUUAGCUCAAAAUA